GAAACUGAAGGAGAAAAAUGGUGGAUGGCAAUGAUGACCCGUCGUCGAAGCCGAAAAAGUCGGAGAGUCCUCCGCAGCUCAAGAAAUCACGAACCGUCAUCACCACCACCGCAUCCGACGACGCGGAGCCCACAACCCCAAUCUUCCCGGGCCCGCUCUUCCCCGCCGUCCGACGCACCUCCACCCUCCCUCCCACCUCCCGCCAGUGGCCGCCGCCCGAUCGCCCCGCCUCCUUCUCCUCCUCCUCCUCCUUCAAUGCGCCCGCCGACCACCGAGACUUCUCCGACCGCGAUUGGGUCUUCCCUUCCUUCGUUGUCCCUCAGAACACUUCCAAACGCGGCAAGAAGCUCCCCUCCUCCUCCUCUGAUUCCCGUGCCGCGCAUGCUAAUAAGCUGGUGGACGCGCCGCGACGGAUCGCCUCUCAGCCUCCUCCUGCGGCCUUGGUCCCGAAGCCGGAGGCUGAGAGGCAGAAAUUGAAGGUGGUGCCGAAUCUAACUUCUGCCUCUUCUGCUAGUGAGUCGACUCGGCCGAGUUCGAGGCGGACUGCGGAGUUCAAGCGUUCUUUGUUACUAGUUGUGGUAAAGCCAUUUUACUCCAAAACUCUCACUUUCACUUGGAUAUUAUCUGUACCUUAUGCACUUUAUCUCCGGCAGAGAGUUGCAGAACUUGAGGAAUGGUGUAACCCUAAAAAUAUUGGUUCAAAUAACAGCAUUAAGGAUUUUCUGGUGGAGAAGAAUCCAUCACUAUUUCAUUUUAGUGCUGAAAGAAGAACUGUUGCUUUGUAUAUUGUGGUCUUUACAAUUACUAUCCCAUUUGUAUUGUAUAAACAUCUUGAUUCUCUUUCCCAAAUAAGGAGUCUCUCAAAACGGAUCAAGAAGAACAACGAGGAGGUUCCCAUAAAGAAGAGGAUUGCAUAUAUGGUUGAUGUGUGUUUCUCCGUCUAUCCAUACGCCAAGCUGCUUGCUCUUCUCUUUGCAACGAUGUUUCUUAUAGGGUUUGGUGGAUUGGCAUUAUACGCAGUCAAUCAAAACAGCUUUGCUGAAGCUCUUUGGCUCUCAUGGACUUUUGUUGCUGAUUCUGGAAACCAUGCUGACACAGAAGGCAUCGGGCCAAGGAUAGUUUCUGUCUCUAUUAGUUCAGGAGGCAUGCUAAUAUUUGCAAUGAUGCUUGGGCUUGUUUCUGAUGCUAUAUCAGAGAAGGUUGAUUCACUGCGGAAAGGGAAGAGUGAAGUCAUUGAAAGGGACCACAUCCUCAUUCUUGGAUGGAGUGACAAAUUGGGCUCACUUCUAAAGCAGCUAGCAAUAGCAAACAAGAGUGUUGGUGGUGGAGUUGUCGUUGUACUUGCUGAAAGAGACAAGGAGGAAAUGGAGCUGGAUAUAGCAAAGCUUGAAUUUGACUUCAUGGGGACUUCAGUUAUAUGCAGAAGUGGCAGCCCUCUUAUACUGGCCGACCUGAAGAAGGUCUCAGUUUCAAAAGCACGUGCUAUCAUUGUAUUGGCAUCUGAUGAAAAUGCAGAUCAGAGUGAUGCACGUGCUUUGAGGGUUGUGCUCAGCCUUACAGGGGUGAAAGAGGGCUUGAGGGGUCAUGUUGUCGUAGAGAUGAGUGACCUUGACAAUGAGCCUCUGGUGAAGCUUGUUGGAGGAGAACUCAUUGAAACAGUUGUAGCACAUGAUGUGAUUGGACGGUUGAUGAUACAGUGUGCUCUGCAACCUGGUCUUGCACAGAUAUGGGAGGACAUAUUGGGUUUUGAGAAUGCUGAGUUUUACAUCAAAAGGUGGCCUCAACUGGAUGGUCUUCGUUUUGAAAAUGUGCUUAUUUCAUUUCCUGAUGCAAUUCCUUGUGGAAUUAAGGUUGCUGUAGAUGGUGGAAAGAUAAUCUUAAAUCCGGAUGAUAACUAUGUUAUGAAAGAAGGGGAUGAAGUUCUUGUUAUAGCGGAAGAUGAUGACACUUAUGCUCCUUGUCCCUUUCCAGAGGUUUGUGCAGGUUACUGUCCAAAGACAGUUGAACCCCCCAAGUACCCCGAGAAGAUAUUGUUUUGCGGCUGGCGUCGGGAUAUAGACGAUAUGAUUAUGGUUCUAGAGGCAUUCCUGCCUCCAGGUUCAGAACUUUGGAUGUUCAAUGAAGUUCCUGAAAAAGAAAGGGAUAAGAAGCUUACAGAUGGUGGACUGGAUGUUUCUAGAUUGGAGAACAUUAAGCUUGUCCACAGAGAAGGAAAUGCUGUGAUCAAACGACAUUUAGAGAAUCUUCCUUUGGAGACUUUUGAUUCUAUAUUAAUUCUUGCAGAUGAAUCACUAGAGGACUCUGUUGUUCAUUCUGACUCAAGAUCACUUGCCACUCUUCUCCUCAUACGAGAUAUACAGUCAAAGCGUCUCCCUGACAAAGAUACAAAGGCAACUUCUUUGCGAUUAUCAGCAUUUUCACACAGCUCUUGGAUCCGUGAAAUGCAGCAAGCUUCUGACAAGUCGAUCAUAAUUAGUGAAAUUCUGGAUUCUAGGACUAGAAACUUGGUCUCAGUUUCUAGAAUCAGUGAUUAUGUGCUAUCAAAUGAACUGGUUAGUAUGGCGCUGGCAAUGGUGGCUGAAGACAAGCAAAUUAAUCGCGUCCUUGAGGAGCUAUUUGCUGAAGAGGGAAAUGAGAUGUGCAUUAAACCAGCAGAACUCUAUUUAUAUGACCAGGAAGAACUCAGCUUUUACGAUAUUAUGCUCAGGGGUCGUCAAAGGCAGGAGAUUGUGAUUGGAUAUCGUCUUGUAAACACAGAGCGAGCCAUAAUUAAUCCAUCACCGAAGUCAGAGCGAAGGAAAUGGUCCCAUGAUGAUGUUUUCGUUGUCAUCUCUGUAAGUGAAUGAAACCUCAGUUUACCGAUGUGCUAAAAUUGUCUCCACUCCCAACCCUACUGAUUUAACCUUUUCACGGCAUUAGUUACUGUCUACUGUAUACUUGAAGAGAAUUCCGUCGUAGUUUUUAAAAUGGCGGUUCUUACCGGAGUUGAUGACAUCCCCUUCCGCUUGAAAAUUAUCGGUAUAUACUAUUGAUGUUUAGGAUUUAUACAGCCGACCUCACUUAAUGGGAUAAAGCUUGGUUGUUGUUGUUGUUGUAUCGAUGAUUGAUGUUUGUCCCAUAAAGGGAGUAGUAUCAAUUGGUUGAUGUUAACUUAAAUCAGAAUAUGCAACUUAGUUGAGUCGAUGACGGGAUUAGAAGCGCAUUUAUGUUGUACUAUUCGAAGGAAGCUUUUCUUAAGAAAUUUGUAGAUUUGUAUUGUUAUGAACAAAAUGUUGUAUGGAAACAUUCCUGAACAAUAGUGGAUUACUUAUUCAGAAAAGCUCGUUGAACU